AUGUCAACCGUUCCUACACAGAGCGAGGUCACUCUCGUGCCUGAGAACCUCCUCAAGAAGAGGAAGUCUCAAGAGAAGGCACGCGAGGAGCGCGCGAUCGCAACACGCGAAAAGCGAGACAAGAAUAAGAAGAAGCGCGAGGUCAUCUUCACAAGGGCUGAGAAGUAUGUGAAGGAGUACCGCGAUUCUGAGCGUGAGCGGGUGCGCAUGGCGCGCGAAGCCAAGAAGAGCGACAGCCUCUACGUCCCCGCUGAGCCAAAACUCGCCUUCGUCGUUCGGAUAAAGGGUAUCAACAAGAUUGAUCCCAAGAAACGCAAGACACUGCAGCUCCUUCGGCUCCUCCAGAUCAACAAUGGUGUUUUCAUCAAGCUUACCAAGGCGACCAUGGAGAUGCUGAAGAUUGUUGAGCCGUUUGUUGCUUAUGGUUACCCAAACCAGAAGUCGGUUCGUGAGCUCAUCUACAAGCGUGGCUAUGGCAAGGUCGACAAGCAACGACUCCCUCUGACCGACAACGAGAUUAUCGAGGAGAACUUGGGUAAAUACGGCAUGAUCUGUAUGGAGGAUCUUAUCCAUGAGAUCUGCACUGUUGGACCAAACUUCAAAGCGGCCUCCAACUUCCUCUGGCCGUUCAAGCUAAACAGCCCUACUGGUGGCUUCCGUAAGAGGAAGUUCAAGCAUUUCAUCGAAGGUGGUGACUUGGGCAACCGGGAAGACAAGAUCAACGAUUUGAUCAGGCAGAUGAACUAG